AUGAUUACCGAUCAAACUUCUAUCAAGUUGGGUAGUGCUAAAUCCGCAGCUGGAGAUCGAAUUAGUACAGAAGGCAACGUGACUGUCAUCAAACAGUUAGACAUCGGCGAUGAUGUUCUCUGCAUAUGUUACACGGAGACCCACGACUUUUUGGUGGCAGGCUUGACGGAUGGUACGGUCAAACUGCAUAAAUUGAACACCGCGAGCGACGUGUCAACAUUGUGCGAUGCUGAGAUUAUGCAGAAACCCAGCCCGACGACAGCGAUCAAACACAGACCAGUUCGCAAAUCUCAUCCGAUCACGCGAACAUUUAUCGCGACCUAUGCUAACGGUUGUGUGAAAUGUUGGCAUUAUCCGAGCUCGCACUGCCUCUACACGAUACGGGAGAAAAGGCAGACGCUGGGCUUGGCUUAUCACAAUUAUCUGCCGAAAUUUGUCACCGUGGGCGACGACGCGAACAUUUACCUGUACGACGAGGAAACCAAGAUGCAAGAAAGAGUAUUUCAUGCAAGCCAGUCAUUGGAAGUCAUGGACGGUCACAGAUCGAGAGUGUUCAGCGCGUGUUUCAACCCGAAAUCGGUACACGAGCUGAUAUCUGGCGGUUGGGACGACACGAUUCAGUUCUGGGACACCAGACAACCUUAUGCACUUAGACGCAUAUCGGGUGUACACAUGUGCGGCGACGGACUCGACAUAAGUAGGAAUGGGAAAGAGAUCUUGUCUUGCGCCUGGCAGAGGCAGAACCCGAUUCAGUUGUGGGAUUAUGGUAGCGGGAAGCAUCUCGUUUCCCUAGAACCCGAUAGUUACUCGUCUCUGCUCUAUUGUGGAAAAUAUAUUACGAACAUGUUUCUCGCGUGCGGCGGCACGGAUGUAAAUCUCUUCAGAGUGGUGGACUUGCGAUCACACGCUACCAUAGCGAUGAUCAGAAAUUUAAGCGGAGGCACGUAUAGCAUGGACGUAGGACUGGUGAAUCCAAAGCACGCGAAGAAAACGAGAAUGGCCACCGUCCUGCCGCAAAUCGCGUUUUGCGCUGGCAAACAAAUCUUCGAGAUCGACGUUCAACCUGGCUGACAAGAAAUGAUCGAGAUUUCAGCUGCGUACCCCGUUAUGUGAAUUGAACGCGUCCAUGGAAAUAAAUUUCUGUGAAAAUUAAUGGCUAUGGUGAUUGUUUAUUAGACCUGGGCACGAUUUACAAUACUGCACGGUUGAAUUUACACCUAUCCAUCCCCCUUCUUUGAGUUUAGCUUCAGAUUAAAGAAAAAAACAAUUUUUACUUUGAACUUAACUUUUCACUUUGAAGGGUGUAAAGUAAGGGUCGAAUGCGCCCUUGAACCAAAUUUUACAUACGAUACUGUACCAAGUUUCAACCCUCUACCUUAUAGCCUAAAGGCUAAAAUAAGAAAAUCAAGAAUAUCAAUGUCUUGACUGAAACUUCGUUAAAAAGUUAUUAACAAUUGAAUUGA